AUGAAUAUGAUAAGUUGUGUCAAAACAAAAACAACAAAGAAGAGUUAUAAAAAGCACAAGUAUAUUAUGUUAUAGUACAAUAGUGUAAGUUGUAGAAAAUAGUUGUAAAUUUGUUGCAAAACAAUAGUAUGUUCCCUUAAGAUUUUAUUUGAAAAGUUUUAGAAUAAAUAGGUUUGUUGUUAUUAUAUUAUUACUAUAUUAUCAUUCUUGCUAAUGUUUCAAUUCUUUCUAAAUUAUUCUUAAUUAAAAAAAUGCAUAAUUAAAGACAAAUUGAGUUCUAAACAAUCAACUUCAGACAUUAAAUAAGGUAAUAUAGUACAAACUAAAUAAUAGGAUUCCAAAACUAUUAAAAUAAUGAGGCAUUAUUGAAUAAAGAUAAUUUUCAUAAAAGAAUUAAUAGUGAUUUAAGAGCAGCUUGA